AUGGCUGCCAACGUCGGUCUGAGUACGCCACGAGGGUCGGGUACAAGUGGAUACGUGCAGCGAAACCUGUCUCAUCUAAAACCUCGCGACAACAUCCAACCAUACCCUAAGGACGUGGACAGCAUCAAGCACAGGCAGCGGCAACCUGACAAGGAGAUACUGGAGCAUGAUCGCAAACGGGAGAUCGAGGUCAAGGUUUUCGAGCUGAGGGAUAGGCUGGAACACCAAGGCGUUGAUGAAGAUGAGAUCGACGAGCAAUGCGACGCUCUGCGUAAGACACUCGAAAGCUCGAAAGCCACAAGAGGGCUGGACACGCGGAGCCUGAAAUCGCAUCAGGUGCAUGAACUGGCUAAAGCUAAGAUCGAAGAGGAUCAGAGACUCAGGAAAGCGCUGGGUAUUCGAGAUGAUUACGAAGAGGGCAGUCAUUGGGAAAAGCAGAAGGAGCGAAAGCUCGAA